UCCCCACCUCGAAGAAGCUCCAGCCCUCCAAUUGUGUAACCAAAAUCUUUCUUUUCCCCCAACAAACCAUCAAAUUAAUCGCACCACCGGCCUUGCUGCUACAAAUGCUUCGGCCAUAGCUAUCUUCCUCCUUGGAUCUUCUCCUUGCGCGUUCGUGCUCGCGCAGUGCUGCUCCUCUCCCCCUUCCCCUUCCCCUUCCCCUACCAGCUGCUGUGUCUCCUCCCUUUGAGACUCCCCUCCCCUCCUCUAAUUGGGGAGCGAGCAUUGUGUCAGUGGAUCCCUGAGGUGCCGCCGCUGCAGGGCCCGGUAUGACGUCGACGGCCUACUCGCGGCAGUCGAAGCUGCCGGGCGGCGGCGGGGAGCGGCGCCUGCCGCCCCGGCUCAUGCGGGGCCUCGCGUCCAAGAUCGAGCCCAAGAAGCUCGGCGUCGGCCUCAUCGCCGGCUGCUGCCUCGCGCUCCUCACCUACGUCUCCCUCGCCAAGCUCUUCGCAAUCUACUCCCCCGUAUUCGCCAGCACGGCCAACACAUCCGCCCUGAUGCAGAACUCGCCGCCGACGGCGUCCAAGCCGUCCGUGCCGGAGACGGAGGCCAUCCCGCCGCAGGAAACACUAGCUGGCGGCGGCGGCGGAGGUAACGCCGUGGAUCUGCCGGAGGCUGCGGGGUCCGAAGAGCCCGGCUUGCCGGAAGCUUUCACGAGAAAGGAUAUGCCGGGGGCGGCGGAUUCCGAUGAGCCCGGCUUGCCGGAGGCGUUGAGAAGAAAGGACGACGGCGAGAAUGCGGCGGCGGCCUCGGAGCCAAAGCCAUCUUCCAAGGAAGGGGAAGGGGAGCAGAAGCAAAAUGGCGGCGCGGCGGCGGCGGCGGGCGAAGGCAAGAUGACUUGCGACGAGAACGGCGUGGACGAGGGCUUCCCGUACGCGCGUCCGACCGUGUGCGAGCUGUCCGGCGACAUCCGGGUGAGCCCGAAGCAGAAGACCGUGUACCUGGUGAACCCGUCGGGCGCCGGCGGGUUCGACGAGGGCGGCGAGAAGCGUCUCCGUCCGUACGCCCGCAAGGACGACUUCCUACUCCCUGGCGUGACGGAGGUGACGGUGAAGUCGUCCCCGUCCGCGGCAGUGGCGCCCCAGUGCACGAAACAGCACGCGGUGCCGGCCGUGCUGUUCUCCAUCGCCGGGUACACGGACAACUUCUUCCACGACAUGACGGACGCGAUGGUCCCGCUGUUCCUGACGGCGUCGCACCUCAAGGGCGAGGUGCAGCUUCUGAUCACCAACUACAAGCCAUGGUGGGUGCAGAAGUACACGCCGCUGCUGCGGAAGCUGUCCAACUACCCCGUGAUCAACUUCGACGCGGACGCCGGCGUGCACUGCUUCCGCGCGGGGUUCGUGGGCCUGUACCGCGACCGCGACCUGAUCCUGUCCCCGCACCCGACCCGCAACCCGCGCAACUACACCAUGGUGGACUUCAACCGGUUCGUGCGCGGCGCGCUGGCGCUGCCGCGCGACCGUCCGUCGGUGCUCGGCGAGGAGCCCGGCAUGCGGCCCCGGAUGCUGAUCAUCUCCCGCGCGGGGACGCGCAAGCUGCUGAACCUGGACGAGGUGGCGGCGGCGGCGGCGGAGCUCGGGUUCAACGUGACGGUGGCGGAGGCGGGCGCGGACGUGCCGGCGUUCGCGGCGCAGGUGAACGCGGCGGACGUGCUCCUGGCGGUGCACGGCGCGGGGCUGACGAACCAGAUCUUCCUGCCGACGAGGGGCGUGGUGGUGCAGAUCGUGCCGUGGGGCAAGAUGGACUGGAUGGCGACCAACUUCUACGGGCGGCCGGCGCGGGGCAUGCAGCUCCGGUACCUGGAGUACUACGUGGGCGAGGAGGAGACGAGCCUCAAGGACAAGUACCCGCGGGAGCACACGGUGUUCAGGGACCCCAUGGCGCUCCACAAGCAGGGGUGGCAGGCGCUCGCCGAGAUCGUCAUGAAGCAGGACGUCAGCGUCAACCUCACCAGGUUCCGGCCGUUCCUGCUGCAGGCGCUGGACAAGCUGCAGGAGUAGGGGGGGAGCCUUCCUCGGUCGGCGACCAACCAGCCAACCGGAACGAGCAGUGCAGCGGGCACCCGGCACACGUACGUACGCGUAGACGAGCAGAGCUGCUCAAAAAGGGGAAGAAAACUGAGGGGGAGGCUACUACUACCGCUACAGCUAGGAAGAAAGGGAAUCAGGGCAAGGAUCUUUCUUGUCCUUGAUGCAUGGUAGAUCGAAGUGAGGCGGCUUCAUCAAAUUGGUAAAUUGGUUUGUGUUUUGGUUUGUAACAUCUUGGACAGUGCACUACAUACACUACACACGGAAAUGUUAUGUUCAUUUUCUUCUCGCUUGUUCUUCACUUGGCAUUCUAGUGGUAGUUGAGAGUUCUUUUUUGCCCCCUUCAAAUGUGAUCAUACUGUCCAUAA